AUGGAAAUCUCACAAGAGCUGGCUGCAUUGGAAACGCUGCGUGGAACUACAAAGAGCGAGGACUUGUUUGCGGCCGUCGCUCGGGUGCUGGAGAGGUACAAUUUGAGCUGGGAGAAAAUGGUUGGGAUAACAACGGACGGUGCCCCUGCCAUGAUCGGUAGAAAAGCCGGCCUCGCCACACUUGUUGCUGAGAAAGUUGCAAAAUGCGGAGGUAAGCUCAAUCAAUACCACUGUAUCCUCCACCAAGAACAACUUUGUGCCAAAUCAAUUGGACUCGGAGACGUGGUGCGCGACGUCAUUAAAAUCAUAAACUGCAUAUGCUCCAAGGCUCUUUCACACCGCCAAUUCAGGGCCCUUUUGGAAGAAGUCAAUGCGCAAUACAGCGAUGUGCUGUACCACCAAGAAGUUCGUUGGCUCGGCAAAGGGAAAGUGCUCAAAAGAUUUUUUGAGCUGCGCCAUGUCAUCGCAGAGUUUCUGACAACCAAGGGCAGUGAUAUCCAAGUCCCUACAGAUGACAGCUGGAUUUGUGAUGUAGCUUUCAUGGUGGACAUAACGGGCCUGCUCAACUCACUGAAUGUUCAGCUUCGAGGCAAGGAGCAGAUUAUAACGGAGCUGUUUGACCACGUGAAGGCCUUUCAAAUGAAGCUGGGACUACUCUCUCGACAUUUAUCUGCUGGUAAGGAUACAUACAUGCAUGCCUUUUAA